AUGCCAACUAGCUUGAUUUCAUCACUAGAAACUUUACCCGUUGAAAUUCUUUAUCAUAUUCUCGAUGAUCUUGAUGCACAAACAAUACUAUUUUCGUUUCGUCAUAUCUGUCGACGAUUUCGAGCAAUUGUUAACAAUUAUGAUCGAUAUAGUCUCAAUUUUGAAUCAAUUUCAAAAUCCGAUUUCGAACGUGUUUGUUACUUAAUUAAUCCUAGACAGGUUACAUCACUGACACUUCGUGAAAAUGAAGGAGCACCCGAUCAAAUUAAAUUAUUUCUUUCAUAUUUCAAUCUUCAACAAUUUAGUUAUUUACGUUCAUUGUCUCUUUUUAUAAUUGGAGAAGAAAAAUUGCAAUUGAUUGCAAGACAAUGGAAUAUUCGUUUACUUGAAUCCCUCUCACUUAAAAUUGAAAAAUCUGAUGAUCGACGUAAAACAACAACAGCACGAUUUCUAUCAUUAAUUAUUGCAAAAUCAAAUCUUUUAAAGCUCAAACUCGAUAUUCAAGCAGGUCGACUCGAAAAAAUAAUUUGGCCAGCUCAAUACUCAAUUCAAUGUUUGAAAAUUACUAGCGUAGUUGCUUUUGAUCGACUUUGUACUAUUCUCAGUUGUUCGCCCCAUUUGAAAACACUAAUGAUAAAUUCUUUUUUUUUUCAAAAUUCUAACCAAAUUGUCUUCACACCUUCACUCACGACACCUUUUCGACAAUUAACUUCAUUAACAUUCGAGAAAUUGGAAACAGGAAUUGACAAUCUCGAAUUGUUUCUUUCAUUGACAUCUUCGUUGAUUCAUUUGACAGUGAUUGGUGAUGGAAAUUAUCAUGAUGGUAAUCGAUGGGAAUAUUUCAUUCAAUUACAUUUACCUUUAUUAAGUGAAUUUAGAUUUUUCUUUAAUCAAAUACAACAUAUUCAGCCUAAUAUCGAAGAUAUUAAAUUAACUAUAGCAUCAUUUCAAACACCAUUUUGGUUAGAAAAUAAAAAAUGGUUUGUUACAUGUGAAUUUGAUAUCAAUACACCAGAAUGUGUUGCAUUGUAUUCAAUACCAAUUUGUGUACCUUUCUUUUCCUACCAUACAAAGAAAGUUUCAAUUUCUACAUAUCCAAAAAUAUAUGAUAAGGAUAUAUCUAUAAUGGAUAACGUGCGUACAGUUAGAUUAGAUUUCACAAAAUUGCUGCCUUUGGAUGCAGAAGAAAAGGAAAACAAAAUAAAUUAUCCAUUAUUUCGCAAAGUAAAGACACUUGAACUUGAAUUUGUCAAAACUCGACCUCAUGAUUGGAUUAAAUUUAUUUCGAAUCUUAUCGAUCUAACAACUGUUGUUGAAGUCAAAAUUUCAAGUACAUUAAUUCAGAAAUCUGAUCCAUAUAUGCUGAGUGAUAUGGCUAAUCUUCUUAAGCAAACAUAUCGUAUUGCUUCAGUCGAUAUUUGUUCCGGUUUCUUUAGUAGAAAAUCAAGUUUAACUGCUACUGAAAUUUGUUCAAUUUUACCCAUGCAUAUCAAACAAUUGGCGGCAUCAGUAAAAACUUUCAAUGAGAUUAAAAAUAUUAUUGAACGAUUUCAACACUUAUCAAAUGUUAAAUUCUACUUCGACUACACUCCAUAUGCUAGUGAAAUCUUCAAAUGGUUAGAUGACAAAAGAAAAGAUUCAUCUUAUCAGGUAGAUUCUUUUUCUGUAUGCGUUUGGCUUGGAAAAAAUACAACUCAAAUGAAAGAAGUUAAAGUUGGUGAUAAACGAAUCAAAAAUACAUACAAAAGUAUUGAUAAUGAAAGCAUCAUCAAUAGUAUUACUGGUUAUGAAAAUGAUCUUGGAGAUAGAUUAGAACGAUUGGAACGUGAAGCUGGCAUGCAAGCACAACAGAUCGAAUUGAAUGAAUGUCUUGAAUGUAUUGCUCAACUUCUUGAUUUAUUUAAACGUACUGUUAUUACCUCCGAACUUCAAAAUCAAAAUGAUUGGCAUUAUAACACACGACAACAGCUACAACAACAUAAUGGUGUUACUGGUAAUAGACUUCUUGACGAUAAAGUCGAGAAGAUCGUUAUUAACAAAGGUUUAACCAAAGAACAAUGGAAUUGUCUUCUCUAUAUGGCAUUAAGUACUGGUGAUAAAGUAGAAUUAACCAAAGUUAGCAAGAAAUAUUUACAAAAAGUACGUGAUAAAGCAUCACGUCUUCUUGAAACUGGUGAACAGAAUGCAGUAUUUGCUUUGAUUAAUGCUACCGAAAAAUUUAUAUCGAAAAAUUAUUCCACUGAAAAAUGA